AUGGCGUAUUGGCUUGGGCCGUGGAUGGGGCUUCCACUACUUGCUGAUGUGCAUGAGAAGCAGGUGCAAGACCAGGAAAAGCCGGAGAAGUUCCAGGUGUCCAUGCACCUGGGCCACUAUGAGCCUGACGAGGUUGUUGUCAAGGUCAGUGACAAUGUCAUCACUGUCCGGGCUGAGCACGAAGAGAAGUCGAAGAACAGCUAUUCGUUCAGCAGUACGGUGCGCCAGAUCACGGCGCCAGAGGAUGCGAGGCCGAACCGACUCAGUGGGGACCUCCUGAUCCCGAACCCGCACCGUGCGAUGGCCGGGCCUCCGACGAGCUCGUGUGACGAGCCCGACGAGCGGAUGGCGCGGUUGACGCAGGCGGCGUACGUCUGGUGCGCGCCCGCCAUCUGCGCGCUCGGUCUGGCGGCGAACAUCGCCAACCUGACCGUGCUGCGCCGGCCGCCGCUGCGCGCGCUCACCGUCUACACGUACCUGCACUGGCUGUCGGUGUCCGACCUGCUGGGGCUCCUCUUCUCCACGCUGUUCGUGUACCUGCUGACACAGGAGACGCGCUUCGACCGUUGUGGCGCGUCGCUGUCGCUCGCCUUCUACGCAGCGCACCUUAACAAGCCACUGACGAACAUGUUCGUGUCGGCGAGCGUGUUCAUCACGCUCUGGCUGUCGGCCAACCGGCGCGAGGCGAUGAUGCGCCCGGCGGCUUACCACGCCACAGAGACGGCAGACCUGGCGUUCGUGCGCAUAGCCGGCUCGCUGGUGGUGGCGCUGGCCCUGUACGUGCCGAUGGUGUUCCAGUACGAGGUACAGCUGGACAGCACGCUAGGGACGUACGUGCUGCGCGAGGAGGAGUUCACUGCCACCAAGGGCUGGCUCGCAUACCAGUGGCUGCUGCAGGCGAGCGUGCGCCUGCUACCGUCCGCCAUCAUCGUCUUCAACAACGUGCUGGUGGCGCGCGGCCUGCUGGCUCAACGUAAUCGCCGUUCGCUGGUGCCGCUGUCGUCCGACCCGACGCCACCGGCUCGGGGCGCGUGCGUCCAGCGGCGGCGCACGACGCUGAUGCUGCCGGCGAUCUCGGCGCUGAGUAUCCUGACCAGCGUGCUCUCGUCGGUGGUGUUCGUCUGGGGCCAGGCGUCGCAUCUCUACAAGGAGGGCUACAACUGCUACCAGGUGUGGCGCGCACUCAGCAACAACCUUGAGCUGUUCGUGUUCGCGGCCAACCCCGUGCUGAACUUUGUGUUCUCGUACGACGUGAGACGCGGCUACCACGAGCUGGCGCGCGACAUAAUGCGCGCCCGGUGCUUUUCCAGAAGGGCUUGA